CUUCACCGUGACUGAUUUCACUGUUUGAUAAUUGGAGAUAAAGACUUCUAACUUUUAUCAUACUAAGCUAACACCAUUGAAGCAAAUGGACGAUUUAAUAAUUACAUAAUAACACUCCAUUUUAUGCUACUAAUAUAUUUCUCGUGAUUCAAGACUUUAUAUAAUAUAAAGGUUGGCUGCAAAUGGUGGAUUGGUCACUCUCACCUUAGCACCUAUAUCUAUAUAACUGCUAUUAUUCAUAGCUACUGCUGCUGUCAGCAGUAUCUGACGGAUUAGGGCCUCAACUUCCCAUUAAAGUUCAAUUUUCGUACAUUUCCCACGAUUAAGCUGUCGAAACUCGAGUAGCGAGACUAGUCUGCUCCACCAUACUCUCUGCCAGAAUUGUUAAAUCGACGUGACAGUUUCGCACGGAUUAUGUGUUAAAAUAUCGAUCAUCGAAUUGACGAAUGCGUAUUAUGUGUGUAAACACCGAGCGAUUAAUAAUGCAGCCGUUCACACAUCGGAUGACAUGAAAUUUGUGCAUACAGUGAUGAAGAGCCACGAUAUUAGUUGUCGUCUGGGAUAUUUGCCAUUAGCCAAAACGGAAAAUGUUCGUCAGAGAUCCCUGUGGCAUCGUAUGCAUUAUUGUCACCUACGUAGCGGUGUUUUACGCUGAUUACGUUGUGGUGCGAUGGAUCGUGUUGCACACCAUGCAAGAUAGCUUAUGGGGUCCCUUUCACGUAGUAGCGUUCAACACCCUUGUUCUUUUGCUGAUGAUGGCACACUUGAAAGCUGUCUGUAGUGACCCCGGUAUAGUACCUUUACCACAAAGUAGAAUGGAUUUUUCUGAUAUCCAUAUUUCUGGAGGAAACGACGACCACGACGGUGAUGAAAAAGAUGAUUGGACAGUGUGCACUAGAUGUGAAACAUACAGGCCACCUAGGGCGCAUCAUUGCAGAAUUUGUAAACGCUGUAUAAGGAGGAUGGACCAUCAUUGUCCAUGGAUCAAUAACUGUGUGGGCGAGAGGAAUCAAAAGUACUUUAUACAGUUUCUGGUGUAUGUCGGUGCAUUAGCAGUAUACGCUAUCAUUUUAGUCAUAGCAUCAUGGAUUUAUGACUGCCCGCAAUGCACUAAUGACAUUGCAAUCAAGCAAAAUCGCAUUUUACAUUGUGUGAUACUAGUCUUGGAGUCUGCGUUGUUCGGCAUGUUUGUCAUAGCGAUCUUAGUGGAUCAGUUUCAAGCGAUUCUCGGCGAUGAGACCGCCGUGGAGCGCGUGCAAGGUAUACAACGUUACCACAACAAGAAUACACCACGAACGUUUACGCUUUUGUCUCAAGUGUGUGGGAAGAGCCAUCCGAUACUUUGGUUGUUUCCUUGCCACAAUCCACCGCGUUACUCCUUCAGGAAAGACGCAUAUUUAAUCGAUCAUGAGGUUUAAAAAAUUGCAUAUUGAGCGAGUGUAUUACGUCUGCACGGUAUUUCUUUCUUUCGUAUUAUUUUUUUAUAACGAUUUAUUAGUAAUCCAUUCCUUCCGGUCUUAAUAUACACCUUUGUAUGAAUUAUUAAUAUAAUAUGAAUUCAAGACUUGUAGCUAUAAUAUUUCUACGGCGCGGAAAUGAAAAGUAUUUAUAUAUCUUGUCUGAUAAUGAUAGUUUUUUAAAAACUGUCAUCAGCAUUAUGAUUAUGACAAUUAUUUUUAUUAUUAUUACAUAUACCUAAUAUGAUUAAUAUACUAGAUAUGUAUUAAUCAUUAUUAUUACUAAAUUUUAUAUAUAUAAUAAUGAUAAUACAUAUAUAUGUAUUGCAAUUGUAAACCAACACUAGCUUUAAUAAAUACACAUUAUUGCUUCUGUUGAAAUAUGUGCUAGUAAUAUAUGUGAAAAUGUGAUCUAUUUUAUUAUGUUAAUAAAUUAAUUUUCUUAUUUUUUGAAGUUAAAGUAUUUAAAGGUAUAUUUAAUACGCCUCCAUAAAUUUUAAUUUCUUUAGAACAAUUUAAUUGUAAGGAAACUUUAUGGAAAUUAUUGCACUUUUGUUAUAAACUAAUAAUUUUUAUGUGCAAGGAUUGCCUUGUAAUAUUUAGAAAAUAAAAUCAUUAAAAAUCUA